GAGACAGCGGGAUGGAGGCUGUCGAGAAGCAGAUGUCAGUGGUCAGUAAAUUGACGGAGGGUCCAUAUAAACAGUAGGGUUGCACACAGGCUGACAGACACAGUAUCACUGGUAGACUGACUCAAAGAAAACUGACCAAGAGCUUUCCACAACAGCACGACAAAGCAGAAAAUGGGCAUGAGCAGAAUGGUGAUAGGCUGUCUGGUGCUGGCGUUCUUCUUGGUCAUGAUGGCCCAACGGGCUGAAGGACACAUCACCUUCUUCAGCCCCCAGGAGAUGAGGGCAUUAAAGGAAAGAGAAGGGAGGAAGCUCAUGGAGCCUCGGUCAGAGGAUGGACAGAUUGAGACCAACCAACACCUUCCCAAAGAGGAUGGAGCUGGAAACCCUGAGAAGACUGUGGAGAUUUCCAUGCAGCUCUCAGCCAAGCAGUUAGACCAGGUAGCUCCUGUGCUGGAGGUCCUACAAGAACUAAUGGAGGAACCAGAUAACGCCAAAUAGAAAGGGAGAGAGAGAGAAUUCUACGGCUAAAACAACUGAAAGAUAUUUUGGUAUGGUCUCAAUGAUAAAUAAAGCAAUGUCAUCUGUUAUAAUUUG